UGAACUGUGAUUGGCCAAAAUUGCAGAAUGUGGACCAAUGGCUGGAUUCAACAUUUCGAGAGGCCGGAAGCGCGUGCGAUGCAAUCGCAGCCGAUGCAGUCGCAGCAAGACAACGACCCGGACGCGUUCUCGUAUGCGUUUGUGGAGCAGGACGAAGACGACGACUAUCUGAAGGGGGGGGAUGGGCAUACCGACAUGGAUCACAUCCACAUGCAACAGAUGCAGCUCCAGAUGGACCAGUUGAGCAGUACGCUCAUGGGCAACUUGGACCUUGAGGAGGACUUUGAAGGUGGUGGACAAGGCGUGAACAUCCCUGUGCAGCUUCCGUCGCACGCGUGCGCGUACUGCGGGCUACACGACCCUGCAAGCGUUGUGAAAUGCGUUGCAACGGACAAGUGGUUUUGCAACUCGCGCGGGAACACGAGCGGAAGCCACAUCGUGCAGCAUUUGGUGCGAUCGAAGAACAAGGAAGUGAGCUUGCACCCAGACUCGCCGCUCGGAGAAACCGUUCUCGAGUGCUACAACUGUGGCUGCCGCAACGCGUUCCUCUUGGGGUUCAUCCCUGCGAAACAGGACUCUGUCGUCGUGCUGUUGUGUCGCGACCCGUGUCUGCAAAUGAACGCGCUCAAAGACAUGAGCUGGGACAUGACGCAGUGGUUGCCACUCAUCGAGGACAGAAGCUUCCUUCCGUGGCUCGUAAAGGUCCCCACGGAGCACGAGCAGCUCCGGACGCGGCAAAUCACGUCGACCCAGAUCGCCAAGCUCGAAGAAGUCUGGCGCGAACACCCCACGGCGACUUUGGAUGAUUUGGAUCGACCUGGAGUCGACGACGAGCCGAAUCCGGUGCUGGAGCGGUACGACGACGGGUAUCAGUAUCAAAACAUCUUUGGGCCGCUGGUCAAGAUGGAGUCGGACCACGACAAGAAGAUGAAGGAGUCGCAGACGCAAGAAAAUGUGUUUGUUCGGUGGGACAUUGGGUUGAACAAGAAGCGGAACGCGAUCUUUACGACGAACCGGCCGGACUCGGAGUUUCGGCUCGUCCCGGGGGAUGAAAUCCGUCUGCGCCUUGGCGGCGGGUCCGCGAUGGUGUACGGGAAGGACUGGGAAGGAACGGGACACGUCCUUCGGUUGGACGAGUCGGAAGUGACGUUGGAAAUGCGCAACUCGCAUGUUCCUGUCGAGAUCACGGACGGGUACUGCGUCGACUUUGUUUGGAAGGCCACGUCGUUCGAUCGCAUGCAAAGCGCAAUGAAGACGUUUGCCGUCGACGAUACGUCGCUGACGGGGUACUUGUACCACAAACUUCUCGGGCACGAAGUUGAAAUGCAAACGUUUCGGACAAAUCGAAACGGGGCCGCGACGGCGAGUGGCAGCGGUGGGCUCUCGGUGCCCGGUCUCCCCGAGUUGAAUCCGUCCCAGCUUUUGGCCGUCAAGGGGGUACUCCAGCAGCCGCUCAGCCUCAUCCAAGGCCCCCCUGGGACUGGCAAGACAGUGACGUCGGCAUCGAUCGUGUACCAUUUGGCCAAGCAAAACAACGGACAAGUUCUUGUGACGGCACCGAGUAACAUUGCAGUCGACCAUUUGACCGAGAAGAUUUCGGCGACGGGGUUGAAAGUCGUGCGGUUGGCCGCCAAGAGCCGCGAGGCCGUUGCAUCCAUCGUUGAACACUUGACGCUGCACACCAUGAUCAAGUCGCUCGUGUCACCCGACAAGGCCGACUUGCGAAAGCUCAUGCAGCUCAAGGAGGAACAAGGAGAGUUGUCGUCGCAGGAUGAAAAACGAUUCAAGGCACUCAAACGGAACGCCGAGCGCGAGAUCUUGCAAGCAGCGGAUGUGAUCUGCACCACGUGCGUUGGGUCGGGCGACCCGCGACUGUCCAACUUUCGAUUUCGCCAAGUUUUGAUUGAUGAAGCCACGCAGGCGACCGAGCCCGAAUGUUUGAUUCCAAUUGUCCAAGGGGCCAAGCACGUUGUGAUGGUGGGCGACCACAUGCAGUUGGGGCCGGUCGUGAUGAACAAGAAGGCGGCCAAGGCGGGGCUGAACCAGUCGCUGUUUGACCGGUUGAUUCGCCUGCAGCACCGACCGUUCCGUCUGCGCGUGCAGUAUCGCAUGCACCCGUGCUUGUCGGAGUUUCCGUCCAACAUGUUUUACGAAGGCGAGCUCCAGAACGGUGUGAGCACAAGCGACCGCAUCCUGAAGCACGUGGCAUUCCCGUGGCCCAACCCUCAAAAACCCACCUUUUUCUACAUUUGCUUGGGCACGGAAGAGAUCAGUUCGUCGGGAACGUCGUACUUGAACCGCACGGAAGCCAGCAACUGUGAAAAGAUCGUGACACACUUCCUCAAGGCCGGCGUGCUGCCGUCUCAAAUUGGCGUCAUUACUCCGUACGAAGGCCAGCGAGCAUAUAUAGUCAAUUUCAUGCAGCGCAACGGCCCGAUGCGCGCGCAAUUGUACAAGGACGUGGAAGUGGCGUCGGUCGAUUCGUUCCAGGGACGGGAAAAGGAUCUAAUCAUCCUCAGCUGCGUCCGCAGCAACGAACACCAGGGCAUUGGGUUCCUCAGCGACCAGCGCCGACUCAACGUGGCGCUCACGCGAGCCAAGUACGGCGUCAUUCUAUUGGGGAACCCGCGCGUGCUGGCCAAACAAGAGCUCUGGAACGACCUGUUGAACCAUUAUCGCGACCAGUCCCUUGUCGUGGAAGGGUCACUGAACAACCUCCAGCCGAGUUUCAUGCACUUUCCACGGGUCGAAAAGCGCACGGAUCGCGGCGGCAGUCGUGCCCAUCAUCACGACUACCCGUCCUCGCGUAGCCAAGCGUUUAGUCGAAAUGGCACACCACUGCCGCCGUUGGACUCGCGCUUUGAUCCGCGCUACGACGCCAGCGGAGCGCUGCCUCCGCCGAGUAUGCCACCCCCCCCACAACUAGGGCGUGGGCCGGUUCCGCCGUACGGAGGCAAGCCGCCUCCUCGGAACUACCAUCCUUCUGCGAGCAGCUUGGCCGGCCCGCUGACCCAAAUGGAAGAAGCCAACCUCCAUCUCGGUUUGAUCGACGACGGGGUGGAUGGUCCGUUCACCCAAGCGGCGACCCAGUCGUUUUCGCAGUUCUCGAUGGGGGCUGGUGGUAUGUCGCAAGACCCGUUCCAGUACGACGCCGACUACAAAUCGCAAAAUAUGUCGCAGGACACCAGGUCGAGUGGGUUUUACUGAAAUCGCGGGGUGGCUGGGAACUCGCGCUGUUUGGACAAUGGCGAAGAAAGUGCUGGUUAACAUCAGCGCGGGCAAUCAACGAGGCGGCGGCUUUGUUCGUCAUGAGGUGGCCAUCGAGGCGGGCGACGGACGAAGCCCGCUGAAUUCGGAGGACUAACUGCUAAUGCAUCAUCAUCCAUUCUAUCA